CCCAAAUCUCGCCCUAGCGUAACAUGAUCGCCGUUUCUUUGCCUUUACACUGGUGCUUACUUGCCUUCAUACUAUGCCAUCCCAACAGCGUUGCACUUGCGGCAAAACGUUCGCAAAUUACACGUGGGACUAAUGCGACAGUAAGCAACAAAGGUGUGUGUGCUUGUUGAAAGGAUCGGUGUUUCGCUCGUUGUUGUUGUUGCUGCUGCAGUGCGUGAGGCGGAGCUUGUAGGAUGCACAGUGCGGCUGAGCUGGAAGCCUGAUGGGUGAGCCCUGGGGAUCGCCUUAUUGUAUGGUGGCCUCGGGGCUGAACGAGAUUUGUAGGUUUCUGCUAUUUUCCCUUCUUUUCUACCUUCUCGUGGUUUCAGUCAAGCCUUGGUUGUCGGGCUUGGAUUCCUGUGAAGAUGGUGCUCCACUCGUUCCUGGAUCCAAGAGUUCCUGGAUUUGGAAUGCAGAUGACACCGACAUGUCGGGAAGACGAUGGAUGUUUCGCGUUUCCUACACCUACCUCACAAGGGGAAGUCAAUGGUAUUUCGUCGACAUGGACGCCGCAAGAAUCACAGCUAGAUCCCCAAGGAGUAGACGAAAACCAAGGUCCAUUGUCAACUCCUGUCAAUGGCGUCCUCGAGCCUAGCAACACACAAUCCGUCGAUCCCAACCUUUUUCAACCUGAUCUUACUAGCAUCGCGACUACGGUAACAGACAACGCGGGAUCUACCAUGACUAUGAAGACAACGAUCAAUGUUACAGUACCACCGAGUUUGAGUGCCACAGUCAGUACAUCAACGUCAAUAACGCCAGAUCCAGGUCCAGCAACUGUUGGAACCGUGGAAGCCGCGGAGAGUGGCCACAACACCAACAGACUCAGCGCCGGAGAAGUGACCGGUGUCGCUAUGGGAACCUUCAUCCUCGGCGCAAUCCUGGCGUUUAUCGCUGCAUUCUUCCUGUUUAAGCAAAGAAACAAGCACAAAAGUGCCAACGUCAACAGGAAGGAUUAUCCAAGCUAUGGCGACUCUGCGCCCGAUCUAGCUAUGAUGCAAUCCAAGAGUGCCAGCAGUCUAGUAGGGCGACAUAGUCCCUACGUACAGGUUUCGCAAAUACCCCUGCCAGCGCCGCUGGCUGCUCACCCACCUUCUCCAAUCCCUGCCCCUGUUUUCAUACCAGCAAGUGCGUCUCGAGAUAUCACUGCUUUCUUACCACCUGCGGCAGACAACGAAGAGGUGUGGAACGAAGUCUCUCAUUUGUUCGCCUUGAUGCAUGAGCAUGUAGAAAAGUAUUACCGAGACGUCAAUGCCAUUAUUACCCCGAGUAUGGAACCUGAGAUUGCCGAGUUUGGAGCCAAGGAGGUGGACAUGGCAGAACUUCUGCAAGAAUGUACAAGUUCAACAGCGGCGCUGAAGCAUGCCCUCGUAACAUAUGUACUGGGUAUAACGGAGCCGAGGCAGAAAGACGACGAUGAAGGGACAUUGUUUCCCAAAGAGCUUUACACAGCGCAUGCUGAGAAUCGUAUGAAUGUUGUCUCUGAUCCGGAUCUCGUAGCAGCUACCUCGCUGCAUCGCCGCAUCUCUGUCUAUCUCUACAGCAACAUCACUGGCAUGCCAAAUCGUCGCAGAUCUUGGACGGCUCAAUCGAACGUUCGUGAAGCAGCGGAACACUUCUCUCUUACUUUCUUCCCGUGGGCCAACCCUACGUCCAGCGACCAAGACAAAGAUGAAGAUCUUGCACGCAUCAUCACAGACACACUGACGAUGAGGAUAUGGCUCUUCGGGCAGUUGGACACCUAUGACUUUGAGUGGGAGGGAGUUGGUGAGAGAGGUAUCGUCAUCAACCCGAGUUUGUUGAAGCGGAAACGUCAAGAGGGUGACGGCGAUGAUUCGAUAUUUCAGCUGGUGGAAGGCGCCGUCGUUGCUAUGUAGACCGAAUGAGAUGUGUUCUCAUUUUUGCGAUUGAGUCCUCUAAGUAGUCUUAUUAGACGCGAAACGCGAAUCAUCGAUCGCAAUUGAAAUGCCUUACGCUGUCCUGUGGGGCUCCACCCAGCUAACAUAUCUCCGUCAAUCACCAUUGGCUACUUCAUACUACAGUGUGCCCAGAAACUGCCAAUGCGCAUGGCAUAGACCCAUACGGUAUGCCGGUCGCUAUGACGACGGACGUAUGGAUGCCAAGUUGUGU